AUGGUAAUGCGAACACCUUCCGGAAAGCUCGGUCACACCAAGUCACGAAAGGGUUGUCUCCGAUGCAAGGCACGUCAUGUCAAGUGCGAUGAGCGGCGCCCUUGUGGCAACUGCGUUCGCGAUGAUGCAGUUUGCAGCUUGACCCAAAAUUUCAAGCAGCCACCUCCGGUCUCAAGCAGCUCCGGUGAUCAGGAUCGGAGAAACAUACGGGAGCCUACCUCGCUUACCGAGUCGGCAACUGCUGACUUGGACGUGUCGACUAAGCAGGACUUGUCGACAUCAGCUGGGCCCGAUGUCAUCGACGGUGGACCUACUGCUGCCUUCGGGACUUGGAUGCAAAGCAUGCGCUUACUCCAUCAUUACCAUACUGUCUAUGCCCCAUCCUUGAAGAUGAGCCAUGACUUCUUACUGCAUGGGCUGCUUGCGUUGUCUGCUCUUCACUAUGCACAAAAUCAGCCGGGCCUGUAUAAGGAGUACAUCCUUAUAUCGUCGCAAUAUCAGGGCCUCGCUCUGCGGCCAUUUGCCACAAAGCUGCAAGGCAUCAACGAGGGCAACUGUGAGCCAUAUUUGUUUCUCGCCACGUUUGUCUUCAUUAUUAGUAUGUGCUCGAUCACUGGCCAGCAGGCACCGGGAAUGCCUGUCGUUCCUAAAGAUAUAGCGCAAUCCUUUAUGCUCCUUCAGGGUAUCAAGAGCAUCUGCAUACUCAAGCCAAUGGAGACAUGGAGCUAA